AUGGAUUGCCCAUCGAUUACAAAUGAUAAUCAUGAAAGUUCUUGGAUAACUGAUGAAGAAGAUUUUGAUGAAAAUGAAACAUGUGGUCAUGUCAAUCAUCGUUCUACGAAACCAACCAUUAUGGAUCUGCUUUACGAAAAACAAGAAAAUCAACAGCAAAUAUUUAGUACAAUGGUGCAAUUUCCCAAAGAAGAAUUAGUAGGUAAAGAAAGCCAAUUGAAUCAACAGCAACAAAUCAUUCAAAACAUAAUGGAACUCCAAAAAUCUCAAUUAAAUGUUUAUGAACGCCAAUUUAACCAAUUGAAUCAGCAGCAACAAAAUAUAAUGGAACUCCAAAAAUCUCAAUUAAAUGUCAAUGAACGCCAAUUUAACCAAUUGAAUCAGCAGGAACAAAAUAUAAUGGAGUUCCAAAAAUCUCAAUUAAAUGUCAAUGAACGCCAAUUUGACCAAUUGAAUCAGCAGCAACAAAAUAUAAUGGAGUUCCAAAAAUCUCAAUUAAAUGUCAAUGAACGCCAAUUUAACCAAUUGAAUCAGCAGCAACAAAAUAUAAUGGAGUUCCAAAAAUCUCAAUUAAAUGUCAAUGAACGCCAAUUUAACCAAUUACAUGAACUUACUCAAAAUGUUAUACAAAUCCAGAAAGAUCAACAAGCACAUUAUGAAGAAUUCGGUAACAAAUUUAUUCAGGGUUUAAAUGAGCAACAACAAAAUCAGUUCGAAAUGAACAAAAAAUGUUUAGAUUUUCUAACGAAUCAUAUCAAUAUUGUGCAACGAAAAUAG